UACAUUGAGGUAUAGAUCAUCUAUAAUUUAUUAUUUUUUCUUCCACACAGAAAAUACUGUGCUUUGUAACUCUAGGAAAUGAGACCUUAGUUCAGAAGAUAGUGGACACUCUAACAAAUACAUUUGGCUUUUCACCAUGAGGCUAGCAAAACCGAAAGGAGGGGGGAAAGCGGGUAUUUCUCGGAGCUCAAGCCAAGGAAAAGCCUAUGAGAACAAGAGCAAGCGCAAGACAGUCCGGCAGCGGCAGAAAUGGGGAGUGACCAUUCGCUUCGACUCAGGUUUGAGCAGGCUUAGAAGAAGCUUGGAUGAGAAACCUUACAAAUGCACUGACUGUGAAAAGAGUUUCAGUCAGAAUUCCACUCUUUUUCAGCACCAGAAGAUCCAUACUGGAAAGAAAUCCCAUAAAUGUGCUGAUUGUGGGAAAAGUUUCUUCCAGAGCUCUAAUCUCAUUCAGCAUCGUCGCAUCCAUACUGGGGAAAAGCCGUAUAAAUGUGAUGAGUGUGGAGAAAGGUUUAAACAGAGUUCAAAUCUCAUUCAGCACCAGAGAAUCCAUACUGGAGAAAAGCCCUACCAGUGUGAUGAGUGUGGCCGCUGUUUCAGCCAGAGUUCCCACCUUAUUCAGCAUCAGAGAACCCACACUGGAGAGAAGCCCUACCAGUGCAGUGAGUGUGGCAAGUGCUUCAGCCAGAGCUCUCAUCUGAGGCAGCACGUGAAGGUGCACAAGGAAGAAAAGCCCUGGAAAGGCCACAGUAAAACCAUCAGGGCAAAACCUCACCUAGUGACCUCCUGGAAAGCUGGGGCAGGAAGGAAGUCAGCAGCUGUUCUCCGCCAAGGAAAGGGUACUGCUUCAGGCCUUUUUAAAAAAAAUAAAAAGUAAAGAUAAAAGCUUUGUCUUAGAACUGGGAACACUUAACAGUAGAGCACUUAAAUACUGAAUCCUUCCCUAGCACGAAGACAUUGGGGGUUUAAUGACAUUGGGCUAUACACAGGUCCAGAAGCCCUCAUUUCUUUUUUGUAUGACAUGGAACAGCACUGAAUGUUUUUACAACCAGGGACCCUUACUAGCAGAGCACUUAGAUAUUGGAUCCUUCCCUAGCCUGGAGACAUUGGGGUUUAAUGACAUUAUUGGACUGAUACUACAUGGUCCAGCUGUCCUCAUUUCUGUGUGACAUAGAGCACAAAGAACUGGGAAUAUAUUUUUAGAGCUAGGACCACUUAAUAGUAGAGCACUUAGAUUCUAGAUCUGGCAUGGAGACAUUGAGGGUUUAAUGACAGCUGAAACUAUGGGAGUCCAGCUACACCUCCCCACCUUUUUAAAUGUAAUUUGAAGUACAAAGAAUUGAAGACAUGUUCUGAGAGACUAUAAGAUCCCUGACCUCAUUUGAAAUUCCUCUCUGUAUAAUUUUGAUCGUGUUUUUACAACACAUUUGUGAAAGUGCAGGCAUGCCAGUAAUUACUCAGUUUUAGGACUUUAUGUGGAAGGAACAGUUAAAGGGGAAAGGAAUUUCAUUAGUUUUGAAGUUCUGCAACAAAUGUGGAGCUCUUAGGUUUGUAAAGUUUAGUAUAUUAACUAGUGGCUCAUGAUGUGACUCAAGAUUCAAUGUAAUGAAAUGUAUAUAA